CUCUCCUCUUCCUUCUCCUCCCCCCCCCCCUGUCGCAUGGAUCAGGAACCUACCUGGUCUUUCUCUUUUUAAUUUCUACUUCUCUCUACUAUCCCUAUUUUGUACCCUUGGUUCCCAUUAGUUGACCUCGUCCCUCCCACCUGAACUACCAUCCCUCACCGACCGCAUCCCGACUCGUUCCCCUCUUUCGGUCAUUCCCUCCACUCGCUCCGCCAUGGCCACCCCAAUGACGGCCUCCGACGAUCAAAGUCGCCUCCUCGAGGAGGCAUUGGGGGUCGUGCGUCAACAGUCAAUUAUGAUGCGGAAAUGUUUGGAGACUCCUGGCAAGCUCAUGGAUGCUCUCAAGUGCGGAUCAACCCUCGUAUCUGAGCUUCGCACCCCGAGUCUGGGCCCCAAGCAGUACUACGAAUUAUACAUGGCCGUGUUUGACGCUUUGCGACAUCUCUCCGUUUACCUGAAAGAGAACCACCCCGUCAACCACCUGGCCGACCUUUACGAACUCGUUCAGUAUGCGGGUAACAUAAUCCCACGACUCUACCUUAUGAUCACUGUCGGGACGGUGUACAUGUCCGUGGAGGAUGCUCCUGUGAAGGAAAUUAUGAAAGACAUGAUGGAGAUGAGCAGGGGCGUGCAGCAUCCGAUCCGCGGCCUGUUCCUGCGCUACUACCUCUCGGGCCAGGCGCGCGACUACCUGCCGACUGGAUCCGGCGAUGGGCCGGAAGGGAAUCUGCAGGACUCGAUCAACUUUGUUCUGACCAAUUUCGUCGAGAUGAACAAGUUGUGGGUGAGGCUUCAACACCAGGGGCCCUCGCGCGAGCGGGAGAAGCGGAUGCAGGAGCGCCGGGAGCUGGAGCUGCUGGUCGGAAGCAACGUUGUCCGGCUCAGUCAAUUGGUGGACCUGGAAGCCUAUAAGUCUGGCAUCUUGCAGGCGCUACUGGAGCAGGUCGUCCAGUGCCGCGACGUCUUGGCCCAGGAAUAUCUUCUCGAAGUUGUUACCAAGGUCUUCCCGGAUGAAUUUCACCUCCACACCCUGGAUCUUUUGCUCACGGCAAUCUCCCGCCUUAACCCCCAUGUCGAUCUGAAGAAGAUUGUCAUCGGCCUGAUGGAUCGCCUCUCGACCUAUGCGGCGCGCGAGACGGAGCCCUCGGACGAUCCGGAAACCCGAAAGCGGGGCGAGGAGGAAGCUGUUACAAAGCUCUUGGAGGACCUCAAGGUCUCUGAAGAGAAGAAAAAGGAAAGCACUGCCGAAGAUGCAGCCGCUAAAGAGAACGGCGUCGAGCAGGCCUCGAAUGACCAGGAAGCGGCCCCAGAAGCAAAGGAAGGAGAAGAGCCUGCGCCAGAUGACAAAGGCGGCGAUGGCGAGGAGAAAGACAAGCCGUCUGUGGAAUCCCAGCUGUACUCUAUAUUCUAUGAGCAGGUGGUCGGUAUCAUUAAGAACCGUGGCAUUCCGAUCCAAGAUACCAUGGCCUUGCUGGUGUCCCUCGUCAACCUAGCCCUCAAUACCUACCCCGACCGACUCGAUUAUGUUGAUCAGGUCCUUGCAUUUGCGACCAAAGAGAGCGCCGCAUAUACUGACCAUGCAGACUUGCACUCCGCCCCGGCGCAACAGAAUCUUUCCCAGCUUCUUCUAGCUCCCCUCCGCUCUUAUGCCUCGAUUUUCACCGCCCUUGCCCUGCCGCACUAUGUCCCUCUGUUGACCUCGCAAUCUUAUACGACGCGGCGAUCGAUGGCCGGGGAGAUUGCUCGCAGCCUUCUGAAAAACCAAACUCCCAUCACCUCAACGGAUAACCUUGACCGCGUCCUCCAAUGCAUCCGGGUAUUGAUCAAGGAGGGUACACAGCAGGCCAUGGGUUACCCUGGCAUGCAAUCCCAACGAAGGGGAGAAACGGACGAAACGAUCGAGGAGCAAGGGUGGUUGGCGCGCCUAGUUCAUUUGCUCCGAGCUCCCGAUAACGACACCCAGCUCAAGCUCCUCCAAGCCACUCGGAAAGCCUAUCUGGACGGAAAUGAGCGGAUCCGCUACACGACGCCGGCUCUCGUAACGGCUUCGAUACGACUUGCGCGCAAGCUGAAAUCCCGCGAGCAUUACGAUGACAAUUGGCAGUCGCAAUCCUCGACGCUCUAUCGAUUCAUGCACCAAUGUGUCAACAACCUCUACCAACGCGUCAACCCAGGAUGCGCCGAUCUGUCUCUCCGUCUGUUUGUAAUGUGCGGCGAAGUGGCGGACCAAACUGGCUUCGAAGAGUUCAGCUACGAGUUUUUUGCGCAGGCCUUCACCAUCUACGAGGACUCCAUCAGCGACUCCCGCGCCCAGUUCCAAGCUGUUUGUGUCAUUUCAGGUGCACUGCACGGCACGCGAGGUUUCUCGAAGGAGAACUACGACACACUCAUCACCAAGGCUGCCCUACACGGAAGCAAGCUACUCAAGAAGCCCGACCAAUGCCGAGCCGUCUACCUUGCCAGCCAUCUCUGGUGGGUCGUCGAGAACCCGCAGCGCGGCGACGAAGACCCCCAAAACCUCUACCGCGACGGCAAACGAGUCCUCGAAUGCCUCCAGCGAGCUCUCCGCGUCGCCGACGCCUGCAUGGACACCGCCGUAUCGGUAGAACUCUUCGUCGAAAUCCUCAACCGCUACGUCUACUACUUCGACCAGCAGAACGAGACCGUCACAGUCAAAUACCUCAACGGCCUCAUCGAGCUCAUCCAUUCCAACCUGCAGACAGACGAGGACGAGCCCAAUCCCAGCCUCGAAGGCCCCAAGCGGCACUUCCAGCGCACGCUGGACUACAUCCGGUCCAGGGACUACGAAGGUGUGGUGACGGAAUCAAGGCAGUGAGCGAGAACGAUUGUAUGAUGCGAUAUGCUUUCCCCUUUUUACCAUCUUGUACCGUGCCUCUUUUUUCCCCUUCGUUCAUGAUUGAUUGAUCAUCACGUGUUAUCACCAUCAUCCGUUGUUGGAUUUCGUCCCUGUCUGUCUGUUUUCCUAGCCUGUUAAGAUCUUAUUUUAUAUUUGCUGUUCGCUGUGUAAGAUGGUUUGAUUCCCUCUAUAUCUAUCUACUUAUUUACUUUUUUCUCUUUUCCUCUUUUGCAGCCACAUAUAUAGGUGUAUCAUCAGGGGUUCCCUUUCC